AUGCGGAUCGCCAUGUUCUCCUGGGAGUCCCUUCACUCCAUCUCAAUAGGAGGCGUCGCGCCGCACGUCACGGAACUGGCGGCCGCACUGCAGCGGCGGCAGCACGAGGUCCACGUCUUCACACGAAGGGCUGAGGGCCAACAAUUACACGAGGAGAUCUAUGGUGUGAUGUAUCACCGCGUGAACAGCCCGCCCUGUGAAGACCUGGUUGAUCAGAUGGAGAAGAUGUGCAACUCCAUGGCCUGGGCUUUCGGCGAGACCGCGGGACUUAUUGGCGACUUCGACAUUGCACACGCCCACGACUGGAUGGCCUGCAAGGCGAUGGUGCAAUGCAAGAACACUCACGGCACAAGGUGCAUCUUCACUUUCCACAGCACUGAACAAGGUCGUUCUGGAGGCCCCGGCGGAGGGUCUCAGCGAGUCACCGAUUGGGAAGGUGAGGCCUCCUUCGUCGCUGACCGCGUGAUCGCCGUGAGCGAGCGUCUGAAGGUCGAGGUCUGCGACACUUACCAAAUUCCGGAGGGCAAGGUUUGGGCGAUCAACAACGGUAUCCAGUGUGCACGCUUUGAUGGCAUGCUGGAGGACCCGGCUGCGGUGAAGGGGUGCUAUGGGAUUGGGCCCUUAGAUCCGGUCGUGCUCUUUGUGGGAAGGAUGGUGGGAGGGAUGAAAGGUGGGGAUUUGCUCAUGGAGGCGGUGCCCGACAUCCUGGGCUGCCAUGGGGAUGCCAAAGUGGUCUUCGUAGGAGACGGGGACAACAAGAUGCACUGCGACCACCGUGCGAAGGAGAUGAAUGUAGAGGGCUCCGUGAGGUUCUUGGGACCCCGUUCGGGGGGUGAGCUGGUGAAUUUGUUCAAGAUCGCCGACUGCGUAGUGGUCCCCAGCCGCUAUGAGCCUUUUGGGCUGACGGUUUGCGAGGCCUGGGCGGCGGGCAAAGUGGUCGUGGCCUCGGAUCAGGUGGGCUGUCCUGUUGCCCAUGGCGAAGAUGGCUGGGUGGUCUCGGCCACCAAGGAAGGCGUUGCUUGGGGUGUUUCAGAGGUCUUCAAGGACUUCGAUCGUGCUAGGGAGAUGGGCAAGAACGGCCGCGUCAAGGCGGCAUUCUCCUUAUCCUGGGAUGCCUGUGCCGAAGUCACGGAGAAAGCCUACUGCGAGUUCUGA